AUGAAAACAAUCCCAUACCAACAGACAAAUGCCGAUGCCAAUAUGGAGGUUGGCGCAACAGGCGUCAUGCCCAUCAGCAAUGAAAGGCACUUGUUCCGCGGAGGCACGAGGGCCUACGACAUGAUCCCGGAGACAAUUACUGUUGCGAAGGAAAUGAACAUGAAAUACACGUUCGCUGUUGGUGCACUUGCCGGGCUCAGCACCGUCCUGGCAGCCGGAAACGUGCAGACCUUCACAGGCAACCUCGGCGGCGCUGCUCCCCCUGUGAUCGAGAACGAUGCCUCUGACCGGCCGUUUUCCGUCAAUGGUGCCACUUUCUUGAACAAAGGCGCCGCUCUCCAGCGCAGCUGUGCUGUUCAGCACAAUGCCUGCGCCAGUGCCGCGAACGGUGGGAAAGCCGAUAUAAGUGUCGCUGACUGCGACCAGCAGGAGGACGCGUGCAACGCCGCCGCCGCUACCAAGGUCCGCGCCCGCGCCGCUGACUUCGGCAGCUGCGCAAACCCGGCGAUCGAGUUUGCUCCCCAGAAUGAUCGCGGCGGAGCAGACGCCUUUGCCGCCGUUGAUCAGAACGAUUUCAAUCACGGCUCCGCCAAUAACAUUAAUGUCAUCAGCGGGUUUAUCUGCCAGCGCCUUGCGGACAGCUGCAAGGCCAGUCAGGAUACCACCGCUGCGUGUGACGAUGCUCAGGCGGCAGCUGAUGGACUGUCUGGGCAGGCGGCUGCUGAUGCGUUUAAUAACGCCCUGGGGGUUUCUGCCUAG